AUGGGCGAUACGGCACACGCCCAGCUGCACGAAGUCGUUACUCGUGCUGCACUCUCCUGCUACGCCGCUCUUCCAGCGAACGGCAAGCCCAGGCGUCGCUCGAGCAACCACCCCGAAUGGACCGUCCUAGCAGCGGUGGUCCUGUAUCGCGACGAGCAGGCUCGUUGCGUGUCAAUAGGGACCGGCCUGAAAGCGCUUCCUCACGCUCGACUGCCUGUGCACGGCGAUGUCCUGCACGACUCGCACGCCGAGGUCGUAGCUCGUCGAGGCUUCAAGCGAUGGAUGUACAGACAGAUUGAGCGGGAGAUAGAGCUCGAGCGGGGCAAGGGAAAGGAGCGAGAGGGAGCAGGAGGAGACGGCAAGGAGAGGAGGUACUUCGAGCGGACGGCGAGGGGAUCGUGGGCGCUGAGAAGCGAGUGGCAGGUCGCGAUGUACAUCAGCACUUUGCCUUGCGGCGACGCUUCGACUUUCUUUCUCUCGCUUAGCGCGCCGUCCGAUGCACCUGCUGCGCCAGAAGUGCCGCAGACGUCGUCUUCUGUCGUUGCGGAGACGCUGCCGUCGUCAGUGACCCCUGCGACGCCUCACCAAGCCCUCGUCGAAGCCGCUUCCCUCGGACUGCACACCUCUCGCUCCUCUCCCACCUGCCCGUCAACAUCCUCAGCCCCUGCGACUCCCCCAACAGUGCACCGCGGCAGAGUAGCCUACUCCGCCCUUUCCAUUUUGCGCACCAAACCCGGCCGCGCCGACUCACCACCUACGACCUCCCAUUCCUGUAGCGACAAACUUGCGCUUUGGGCUCUGCUCGGGAUGCAGGGAGGUCUGUUGAGUGCUUUAGGCGACGGAGUGGAGAAAGUCAAGCUGAGUUUGGUCGUUGUUGGAGGAAUCAAGGAGGAGUUGAGGGAGAAGGUGGGCGAGGAGGUGAGGAGAGCGAUUGGCGGGCGACUCGAGGACUGGGCGCGGCGGUCGGGGUUGGAUGAGGGGGAGUUCAGCGUGCCGAAGGCUGCUUUCACGGACCGCGAUUUCGAGCAUUCGAGGGAAGUCGUUGCGGCGAAGGAAGGGUGCGAGUUAACAGACGUCCUGAGCUGCGGCGAGUCCCUCUCAUUUGUCGCCGACCUACCCUCCUCUCUUCCCGCCGUCGAGGGCAUCAAUAACGGUAUCCGGCAAGGCGCGUCGAACAAGCGCAAGCCUGGAGAACCGCUCGAUGCGAAGCGAAGGUCCCGCCUCUCCAAACUCAGUCUCUUCGAGACGCAAAGCGCGCUUCAAGCACAGCUGGACUCGACGAAACCCCCUCCCUCGCUCACCUACUUCCAAGCGAAACACUCCGCUCCUCCCUCCUCCCCCGCCGCGCGCUACCAACGCCUCAAGUCGCUCGUUCGCAGCGCAGACGGACCCUUCGCAGGCUGGCUCGUCAGCGGCCAGCCAUGGGAGUCAUUCGAUGCGCAGGGCAGAUUGAGCUCUCGUAGCGACGAGCAAGAGGUCGCUGGAAUAUGA